GCUUGCUCGGUCCUUCCUCUCUAUUUCUCGGAUCUUUCGUCCAUAUUUCAGUUAAAAUCCGCAGAAAAUUUCUCUCUACUCUCAAAGUGAUCGUAAAGUUUGAAGCGAACAUAACAAUAGAAACAGAGAAAGGUCAAAGCUUGUUUUGUGUUUUGAUGGGGAACUUCUGUCCUAACGGAUCUUCCAGUGUUGGACAAGAAGAGAUCCCUGUCUCCACCAAGCCCCUCCCAGCGGUGAAACAUGGUCAAAAUCCAGUAAAUCAAAAGGCUCCGCCGCCGGUGGUGGUGAUGCCCCCGGCUAGGGGCUCGAAUCCAAAGUUUCCAGCGGCGGAAAGAGGAAUGAAAGCAAGAAACGUCGAUAACACGCCUCGUCAAAAACCUCAAGAGGUGAAAAGACCCGUCGAUGAUCCAUCUCGUGGAAAACAACAGGAGAAGCCAAGAUCCGUCGAUACACAGUCGUCAAAGCCGGUGGAGAAACCAGGUGUGGGCAAAAAGGCAGUGCCGCCGAGCGGGAAGAUAGUGACGCCAAAUCUAAAGAUGUUCACAUUAAUGGAUCUUAUGACGGCGACAAAGAAUUUCCGGCCGGAGUCGAUGAUCGGAGAAGGCGGGUUCGGACAGGUUUUCAAAGGAUGGGUUGACGGGGAGACCUUAUCUCCGUCGAGGGCCGGCGUCGGAAUACCAAUCGCUGUUAAAAAAUCAAACCCUGAUAGUGCUCAAGGGUUACAUGAGUGGCAGUGUGAAGUGAGAUUCUUAGGGAAGUUUCAUCAUCCAAACCUAGUCAAGCUAUUGGGAUAUUGCUGGGAAGAGAAUCAGUUCCUCUUGGUCUAUGAGUUUUUGCCUAAUGGAAGCCUUGAAAACCACCUCUUCUCAAAAGGAGAUGGGUUGACAUGGGAUACACGUUUGAAAAUAGCCAUUGAAGCAGCUCAAGGACUUACCUUUUUGCAUAACUCUGAAAAGAGUGUUAUUUACAGAGACUUCAAGGCUUCCAACAUUCUUCUCGACUCCAACUUCGACGCCAAGCUUUCUGACUUCGGCCUAGCCAAACAUGGACCAAUUAACGGAUUCUCCCACGUGACCACGCGUGUCAUGGGCACACAAGGUUAUGCAGCUCCCGAAUACGUGGCUACAGGUCAUUUAUACGUGCGGAGUGAUGUUUACGGAUUUGGAGUGGUCCUCUUAGAGCUAUUAACCGGUCUAAGAGCACUAGACCCAAACCGACCAUCUGCACAGCAGAACCUCGUGGAAUGGGCUAAACCGGUUCUGACCCAGAAAAAGAAAAUUCGGAGGAUGAUGGACCCACGGCUCGAGCACAAGUAUCCACUUUUGGCGGUGAUCAAAACCGCCGCACUAAUUCUACGGUGUCUGGAGGCUGACCCGAAGAACCGGCCCCCAAUGGACGAUGUACUUAGAGAACUAGAAAUCGUAAGGACUAUCAGAGACCAACCAAAAGAACAGAGGGGUAACCGGAAUAAUAAUGGACAUGGUUCACUGCACGUCCGUAGAACCAGAUAGUCUAAAAGUCCCCUUUGGAAGUUUGGAUCAGUCAUAUGUACACACAAACAUACAUAAAAACCAUCAUUUUUGAAAAAACCAUUUUCUAUUAAUAAAAGAAAUAUAAAAAAUUUUCCUUCUACAUUUAUAGACUUAGUGAAUUACAA